UUUAUGACAGGUCAAAACUUCCUAUAGGAAAAAGUAACUAUUUGUGUAGAACUGUCUGGCGGCAAUAGUAUAUAUUUUGUAGUUCAAAAUGGAAGAGGAACAUGUGGUAAGCAUUGCGGUUCCGGAGAAGAAGCCAUGUGGCGGAAUCCAACCGCCGCCCAUUUACCAGAAGCUGAUGGUGGAGAACCUGACCAUGAUCCGACCGCCCAUCCUGAAGAUCUACUACUGGGAGAGCUUCGACAUCGCUGGCCUGAAUAGAAAGCUGCGCUCUAACCGCGUAGAGCACGAGCACACAUUUUCGGUCCCCAUCCGCCAGAUCCACAGUCACCCCCUCAAAAUGGUCUUUUGGCUGCGUAACCUCUCCCCAAAGAAUGCCACAUUGACCCUUAAACGAAUCCAAAACUGCCACUGCCAGCCUCUCCAAACCCAAGUUGGAUUUAAUCAGUUUCGCCAGCUAUUCCACUGCCCGCACCGUAGACUGCUCAACAUCAACCAGGAGAUCCUGGCCAUCAAACCAGAUGAGGUGGUGGCCCUUACAGUCACCGCCUUUUUCUUCCUCUACGGCGAACACCUGCUCACCUACGAAGUUCACACCGAGGACAAACGCAAGUUUCUUUGGCACUUUCACCUGGAGAUCUCAUCCUUCGACCCCGAAAAGUGUCUUCUUUCCAAAGAGCUGCUGCCAGUAAAUAUAAAAAACUAUUACCAUACAACGCAGCCUUUGUGGGUGCAAAAUAUCACGAUGUCCCACUUGUCCUUCUCGUUCGCUUCGAGGGAUCGGGGCCUCAAGCUGCUCAAUAUGAAUCUCACCGUUCCCAGACAGAGUGUGUGGCCCCUCCUGGUGGACUAUCGACCCCUGGACUACGAAAAUGAGGCAGAAAUUAUCAUGUCCUUUGAUAAUAUCAAGGCUCGCUACAAGAUCAAGGCUCGAGGUGUCCUGGCAGAUGAAAAGGAGCAGACGGAUAUGCCCUUGAAGGAGCGCGAAUGUGCCGACUUCCUUAAUAUAAUCUAUCCCAAUAGGUUGAGCUUUGAGGUCUGCCUGCGGGAAGAUCGGACGCAGCUGGUCAAUGUCCACAACUACGGGCAGAAGUGCAUGGAGUUCCGCUGGCAAAGCUACAUCAUCAACGAGUUCUUCUCGGUAGUGUUCAAUCCACCCAUUUUCCGGCUCAAGGGCCACCACUCCAAGCUGUGCGAGAUCAAGGUGUCCGUGUUCGAGCGGCUGGUGCACUUCAGGCGCAUUCCCAUCGUGUUGGAGGUGCACCGCAUCCUCGACCGUGCCACUCUGAUCGCCAAGCAGGAACUGGAGGAGGUCGAAUCCAUCGACGAUCCGAAGUGGAAGGAAGACAGCUAUGUGGAGCACGUCUUUCUGCACCUGAACAUCCGCAGCACUCUGAAGCCCGCUCUGGACACCUCCGAGGAAUUGGAGCCCGGAGAAAGAAUUGAUCCCACGGCUGGUCCUGAGCCCUGCUCACAAUUCGGUGCUGGAGCUGGCGGGGGAAUAGGAUCGGGAGACGGUCCUGCGCCACCAACUCUGCAAACCGAGGAGCAGCGAAAGGAGGCGGAGCGCAAAGAGCUGAUCUCCCGACUGGUGGCCAAGAGCAAGCUCAACUCCAACGAGGUCAUCGAACUGAGCAUGGCCAUCGACCAGCGGAUCACCAUUUUCGAGAAGCUCUUCUGGAAGUAUCUCAGCAAGUCCAAGUUCAUGCGCAUCAGCGCGGAACGCAAGCGGCAGAAGUUGGUCAAGACCUACGAGCAAGUAAUAGCGCCCGAUGACACUAUUCCUCCGGAGACUACCACGGAAAUUGAUAGAAACCAUAUAAUAGAGAUAUUGUCCAGACUGAUGCAGGAGGCCAUCAACGACUUGGCCAAGAAUUGGGUCUUCAUCCCGUCGCAGUACUACGAACGCAACCAUUAAGUGCUCCCGCCGUUAACUAAAUGCAUUGCCCAGUACCGAUUCGCCUGCAAUCCAUGCCCGUUUCCUUGGUUUUUCUGG